UGCGAUUAAUGUACAGGCAAUAUUUUUAACACUCGUUUCACCUUCUUAUAUAAUUACUAUGUUUCUUUAAUCUAGAAUUCUGCUUCCUUUCCAAGAUCGGAUAGCACAGCCGAAGAAAUUUAAAACGAUCGAAAAUGCCACAGAACGAAUAUAUCGACAAACACCGAAAGUUAUAUGGACGACGUUUGGAUUAUGAAGAGAGAAAAAGAAAACGAGAAGCACGGGAGCCUCAUAAACGGGCAGAACGUGCACGUACAUUGCGUGGUAUUAAGGCUAAGAUCUUUAAUAAAGAGCGUCGCAAUGAAAAAAUUCAAAUGAAGAAAAAGAUCAAGGCUCAUGAAGAGAAAAGAGUAAAGCAAACAUCAGAGAAUCCUUCAGACGGAGCUGUACCGGUAUAUCUUCUUGACAGGGAUGUCACUAAAAGAGCAAAAGUAUUGUCUAAUAUGAUUAAGCAAAAACGAAAGGAAAAGGUUGGAAAAUGGGAUGUACCGAUACCUAAAGUUAAAGCUCAAUCAGAAUCUGAAGUUUUCAAAGUAAUGAGAAGUGGAAAGUCUAAACGAAAAUCUUGGAAAAGAAUGGUUACUAAAGUUACAUUCGUUGGUGAAAACUUUACAAGGAAGCCACCCAAGUUUGAAAGAUUUAUUAGACCGAUGGCGUUACGUUUUAAAAAAGCACACGUUACGCAUCCAGAAUUGAAAGCAACUUUUUAUCUACCAAUCAUAGACGUUAAAAAAAACCCAAGCUCUCCUAUGUAUACAAAUUUAGGUGUAAUAACUAAAGGUACUAUUAUUGAAGUAAAUAUCUCGGAAUUAGGUCUUGUAACCCAAUCUGGUAAAGUUGUAUGGGGCAAAUACGCACAAGUCACAAAUAAUCCAGAAAAUGAUGGUUGUAUCAAUGCCAUAUUACUUGUUUAAUCCAAUGUGUAAUUUGCUGUUCUUACUUAUUAAUUUAUCUUCCUCCUUUGUAUCUUUUCCUUAUGUAAAAGAAUGACUGUAAUAAAGAGAUAUCUUGUAAAAUA